AAGUGACAGCUAACCUCAACAAAGAUGUCAUCAUAUUUAAAUUUGCAUUUGUAUUUAACGUUCUUUUUUAUGACGGAGUUGCAUUAUUAUUAUUAAUAUUAGGUACUAUGUUAACAACUGAAACUUCUACAUUGAAUGUAAUUUUUCUCCUGACUAAGUAAUAAUGGGAUCACAAAACAACAUACCAAAUGGCCAAGAAAUCAGCUCGGAUACCGUGUAUUAUGGUGUCCAUAUACCCUACGAUGUGCAAGUGGAACAUAAUGACGAGAGCACGGUCUUUCAAGACAAAAUGGAAGCGUUUAAACUAAUCAAAAAAUAUAAACAAGCGCGGUUUAAAGCGUUUCAUUUUUACCAUGAAGCGGUCGAGUUUGCGGUAAACGGAUCGGAAAAUCAUAACAAGUUGAUUGUGUACGAAAUCCAAUCGACUAAAGAUCCUCCGAUUAUCGGCGAGAAACCGCCGGCAUUUCGGGGACCGAAAUCGCAAGAUUUAGUUAAGCUAAGAAAGAAUAUCGAGGCCGGUUUACUGGACGUCGUUAGCAGUUGUAUUUGGGAAAAUCCCCGUUACUUAAUAAGCAGUGGUGACACGCCGUCAAUUUUACAGGAAGGAUCGCGUUAUAACGCUUUGCAUGUGGCUGCAAAGUCGAGAAAUCGCGACAUGUGCGAAUUGAUUUUGAAUACUGUGUCGAACACGAAUUUUAUAAAGUUGCUGUACGGUGACGAUAGCCAUCAGGAUGCUAACGAACGUGCUGUUAUGUUGUUAGACUUAUAUUUAAAUACGCCGGAUAAAGGGUUGAACGAAACACCCCUGCAUUUUGCUGCCAAAUUUGGAGCCGUAGAAGUAGUUGAACUGUUGGUGUCUUAUUCUCAGUGUGAUAAAGCCCUUUUAAACAAGUAUGGCAAAACUGCAAGUAUGAUAAUAUGUGAUCGUUGUGACUCGUCGUUAGUCCAUCUUAAAAAUAAGAUAGCGCUGCUGUUAGAUGAAAACUUUUACGUUCCUGUUUUACGAUCCGAAGAUAACUGUAUUCCACCUGUGAUAGGAGAGCCGUUUUCUCCGUCGAGUCCUCCGAAUUUAGCCAAAGAUAUUUUCAGUCCGAGAGUCGAAAUUCGCGCCUACGCCGGUCCGAUGGACAGAGAGAGCGCCGCAAGAUUCCGCAGGGCGUGGAAAACGCCGCCUCGUUCUUUAAAGGCCGCCAACGUCGCGCUCAAUCUGAAAUUUGACGACUUGGAGAAGGGAGUCGAGCGAUUGGGCAAAAAUUUAUCAAUGCAAUUCGACGUCAGCUGGAAGGAGUACUGGGCAUUUCUAGACGAGUUUGUCGACUUAUCGACGAGCGAAGGUUUACAGAUCUUCGAAAACUAUCUGUCUGAACGAUACAAAGCCGAAAUGGUAGGAAACGAUACGGAUAGUGAGCGGUCUACUAAAGAAAUAGAUCACGAUAAUACCACAAGUCCAAUGUCAGAACUAUGUAAGAAUUUUGCGGCAUGCAGCUUGUCCGAUCGUCUAAUUAAAUGCAAACCGUUAAAAACCAGUUGUUCUGCCGUUCGAAGUGAUUUACUGUCCGAUGCUCAAUUGUUUAAGUCUGAUCUUAAUCCGCUUUUGUAUGUGGAAAAAUCGUGUCAGGUGUUCGCGCAUCGUAUCACUAAUGACAUUUUACAUAUGCUAGAAGAAAAUGACACAUCGGUCGUAUUGCAAACGCAAGUGAAGCAAUUAGAGUUACUAAUUAAUAGUUUUAUGGACGAUUCACGCUUUGCGAACGUAAAUUUCCAUUUAGUGCAUGACCGCUUAGGUAAGCUGAUCGGUGGGAAACUAAAAGACUUAAUCGGAUUACCUUUCGAAUUUGAUCACGUGAAAAAGACUUUAGAAUAUUGGUUAGAGUUGUAUAACAAACAAAUCGAUAACUUUUCUUCGGACGAUGAGAGCGGUAGCAUUCAGCAGACUCGUUCGUUUGCCAAAAAAGCGCCAUCUCACAAUCACCAGGUGCACUGCUUAUUGGAUCGUAUUGUAAAUUCGUUCGUAACAUCGGACACGGAGAAUGUUGGGAGCUCGGACAAUGAGGACGAUUACAUUCAGAUGUGGAAUGAUGCGAAAGCUUGCUUUUGUACUUGGAAUGCUCACCCGUUAAAAAAAAGUAAUAGUUUUAAAUACACGUCGCGUAACUUGUUUGAACGUGAAACAUCGCAGUGUGAGGCUGUAGAAGAUUUUAUGGAACUAGACGACGAGGAGAACGAAAUCUACCACACGCCGCCCAGCAGUCCCGAGAUUACUAAUUUGAGUGACGAUGACACGUUCGAAGAUUGCCCUCUGCCGGAUCACGAUAUUUUUAUAGAAGGAAAUGUGCCCACGAAAACCGAUCAUGUGGCAUAUAACGCCGUGAAAUUUGCCGUUGCUAUAUUAAACCCUCAGGAUUAUCCGUUUGUGUACAAAUGGUUUCAUACGGUGGGCUUCUGUUCGAGUUACGAUCGAAAGAAUUGGCCGAGUCCAAAAGUCGGAAAGUAUACGGUUGAAACUCCGGGGCGCGCACCGCCCGCUCAAACUAGCACUCCGAUUUCGAAAUCUUGGAUGCGAGUAACGGGCACCAAUUCACCUCGUAGCACCUUAAAGCGUUACUCGAGAGGAAGUUUAAGUUUCAAUUAAUGUUCCACUUUGCAUUUACGUUUAGAAAGGACGAUGUUCCCUUUUUUCACAGUGAUGAUUCAGUAUGUGUCUUCCGCGAACGUGAUUUCGGUUUUCAAGGCUGUUUGUUAAGGAAAUUUUUCUAUUACUCUUUAAAUCUCUAAGUGUAGUGUGUGAAUUGUUAUAUUUUUAUAUUUAAGUUAAUUAAUGUUGGGGUUAGAAUACUGCAUUAUAACACAGAUUUAAACAGAAUUAAAAUGUUAUUGAAACUAA